AUGACUAUGUCUUCGUGCCCCUGGCCGACCCUCGUUCUUCCCCUACUCGCUCAACGCCUGCCCUUCCCUCAGCGAGCUUUCGGCGGGCCGCUCCUCAAUGUGCUUGCGCAAGACGUCAGAGCGAGGGCUUGCGUCCAAGAGUGUGGAGGCUGUACCGGGGGUAGAGCCCGAACCAUCGGUACGAGCUGUCCUGGUGGGCGAAGGACGUUCAGAGGUAUCCGCGGUGACCAUUGGCUCGGGAUUGCUGUUUGUAGCGAUGGGUUGUGGGUGUACUUCGGAAAAGUAUGGACAACUGAGCGAGCCGGGUUUGAUAGCUCAGACGUCGAUAAAAAUGGCAAGAUCGAAGAGGAGUCUUCGUUCUGCUCGUCGACGUCGUGGAUCAUCGUAGCUCUGCUUGCUGCCCCCGACGUUGUGCUCUGCGGGCCGUCGCCCAUUGGAUGUUGCGCCAAGCUUGGAAAACUUGUACACACGCCCGACGUGGAGGGAAUAGGCAUUGAGCUUCCCUUGACGACGGGGAGCUCGUUGGGGAGUGUGAGGAUAGGAGGUGUAGGAGGCGACAACGCUGAUGAUGAUGCAAGAGAAGAUGGGCGUCCAGAGGCAACGACGAUGCUACGUGCUCUGGAGAAAUCUCGCAGCUUGACGACAGCGAGUCUGAGUGGUCAGGGUUUGGUUGUGUGCUCGGACGGGCCUUCGGUGGUCUGGAGUGGCAGGGGACUCGAGUAA